AUGGCACCGCAACCUUUUUCUCCACCCUACCAAAGAAAGGGACAACACUCUAUGUCGGGCAAAACUGUUGUUUCCAGUAGCUAUGGAGGUGGAGGAAAAGGAAAAGGCCCAGGUGCUCGAGGUAUUGGAGGUCCUCGUUUGAGAAGACACCGCAAGGUUCUGAAAGAUAACAUCAAUGGUAUCACCAAAGGUGAUAUUCGUCGUCUUGCUCGAAGAGGUGGAGUCAAACGUAUCUCGGCUCUGAUUUACCACGACGUCCGUGAAGCCAUUAAAGCGCGUCUAAAUGAGGUUCUACGCGAUUGCGUUGCUAUUGUCGAACACUCAAAGCGCAAGACGGUCACGGCCAACGAUGUGAUCUGGGCCCUUCGACGACAAGGAAGACCGAUCUAUGGCUUCGAUAAUAUUAAUGAUAAAUGA